UGAGGUUACCAGAGAUGAUGGGAGUGACGUCUCUGAUAGUGUUCCUGACCACUGCUGUGCUCACGGCUGACAUGCACCCUCUUCACUAUCGAGAACUAGACUCAUUAACAAGAGGAAGCGAGGCAGUGAAUGCUGUGCUGGCAACAGAUUCUGCAGCACUCUGCUCACUCAUUCUCUUCGUUGACAGCAAAACUUCUUCUCGUUCAGUUUCAGAGAUAAUUGGGAACUUGAAAGCCUCGGAAGGUAUUGCUGUGUUCGCUGUGGCAGGGGACAACCAAGAGUAUAACGAGACGCAGGCGCAGCUGUGUCGGAUGGUCGACCAGGCUCGGCGGUUACGGCAGGUGUCGCGGUGUUUGAGGAUGAUGGUGGUGAGUGACGACGCAGCCUUCUUGGUGGCAUUCGCUGAGUGUUCCCUCGAAGGUCGUCUUUUGGUGUGGUCGAAUAGGCUCCUCGCUGUCACCCGCCUCUCCCUCCAGCAGCUGCAGCAAGUACAGAGACUUUCACAGACAAAUUCUAUACUGCUUCUCGUGAACACCGUCGCAGGAUAUUUACACUAUAAUAUGUAUAUACACCUACCAUAUACACCCAGAGAUACCAAGGCAUUACGAGUUGCUUCUUGGACGCCCAAGCGAGGACUCGUACUUACAACCCACCUUCCUCUCUUCCCUAACAAGUUCUACAAGUUCCUUCAGAAGCCAUCACUGGUGGUGGCUGGAGGCCAGUAUGAGCCUCACGUUAAUGUGUUAUUCAACAGCAAGACGCCCCAGGAUACAGAAGUCACGUUCUACGGACCUAUGAUCAACCUUCUGGAAAUAUUUGCACUCAACAUCAAUUUCUCGUACAGGAUUGUGCGGCCUCCUGACGGAGUCUGGGGAGCUAAAAUGCCAAACGGGACCUGGAUUGGCAUGGUGGGGAUGGUUGUCAGAAAAGAGGUUGAUUUUGCGCUUGGUCCAUUUGGCAUUACCGCUGUUCGUUAUGAAGCGGCGGAUUACACGAGGCCAAUAGUGAUUGACUACGCCAGGAUCAUGGCCAGGCGGGGAAGGCCGGAGGUGGAUCCUUGGGGCUUUGUGUUGCCCCUGGCACCGCUAGUGUGGGCUGCCACCCUGACGACGCUGCUGCUCCUCUGUCUCAUACUGCUCCUUCUCUCAAAAUGUUCCUCUUAUCUGCAUAUCAACCGAGAGACUACUGCAUCAUACAGUGUUUUAGACUACUUGCGUGUCUUAUUACAACAAGGUAUGCUAUUAAGUCAGAAUAAAAUUUUCUUAGAUCACCUUUUGUUUUUCUUAAGGAUGUGUUCGGUUAGGAAGGGCAGCUGGUGGCAACGGAUGUUACUGAUAGCCUGGAUGACAGUGACGCUGGUGCUAACUAGGAGCUACUCCGGUAACCUUAUGUCCCUCCUGGCUGUGAGAUACAGUCUUCAGCCUUACCAGACUCUCCAGGAUGCUGUGGAUGAUCCCUCCGUAGCAUUGAUCUGGGAGGAAGACUCAUCUUAUGUUCAAUCUUUCCGAAGAGCAACGUCUGGGAUAUAUAAAGCGGUGACGGACCUGGAGAAGAUAGGGAGAAAUGUUUACCUGACGUUUAGUUCGAUCUCUGAGAGAGCUCCAACACUGGUGAGGCGAGGCGAUCAUGUACUCGUGCUGGAGGAGAACUCGGAGAAUGUAUACAUAGCGCAAGACUUCUCAACCACAGAACGCUGUGAUUUUUACUUGUCUAGAGAGAAGGUGUUGCCUCUGAUGUUUGCUAUGAUCGGACGCAAGAACAGUCCUCUGGUGCCGGUGUUAAGCAACAGGAUCAGGUCAGUGAAAGAAGCUGGAUUGUACGACUACUGGAUGAAGACGAGUGUUCCCAACUCCUCCUCCUGUGCUCACACCUCUACCAAGACGACUGUCAAAGCUUCGCUCUCCCUUACUAACCUCUCGGGAAUGUUCGUGGUCCUGGUCUCCGGUUACGGUCUAGGUCUCCUGGUCUUUGGUCUUGAGGCAAUUAUUGACUGGAGCAAGAUGUCACGGAGUUAGUCACACAACUGACUAUAUAUCAUUAGGUAGAACACAUUAAAAAUAUAUAUAGCGAGUGUAAAAACAGAUAUUUGUCAGAAAUUUGUUGGCCCCGUUUAUAAAC